GCCUUCCUCGUGAGUGAAACGUCGGUCACGUGCCUGUCAAACCUCUGCGCAGCGCAUCAGCACAGCGGAGGAAGUAGCAGGAAGCUAACAGCCUCCGCGUACAUUAACACCUCAUAAGAAACAUUCCCACUGUAAAUGAACUAAUGGCGGCCUAAAGAAACAAUCCAAGUGAGAGUCUAGAGGGAGCAGUCCGCUGUUAGCUCAAAGGAGUACAUAAAGUGACUGGAACAAUAUCUACAGUAUUCAAGAUGCAUGACGCCUAUGAAUCAGUGCCACUGCUGGAAAAGUUGCCUCUCCAAAUCGACUGUCUCACGGCCUGGGAGGACUGGCUGCUUGUAGGAACAAAACCUGGACAUCUCCUAUUAUACAGAAUAAAGAAGGACACUGCAACAAACCGAUUUGAAGUGACCUUGGUGAAAUCAAAUAAGAAUUUUUCAAAGAAGAUACAGCAGCUGUAUGUUGUCUCACAGUACAAAAUCCUGGUCAGUCUUCUAGAAAACAACAUCCAUGUUCAUGACUUGUUAACAUUCCAACAAAUCACUGUAGUAUCAAAAGCCAGAGGAGCCACAUUGUUUGCAUGUGACCUUGAGCAAACCAGUACAGGGGAGGAGAGGCUUAAGAUGUGUGUAGCAGUUAAAAAGAAGUUGCAGCUUUAUUAUUGGAAAGACAGAGAGUUUCUUGAGCUCCAGGGAGACUUUGCCGCUCCUGAUAUCCCAAAAUCUAUGGCCUGGUGUGGCAAUGCAAUUUGUGUUGGGUUUAAAAGAGACUAUUAUUUAAUUACUAUGGAGGGUGGUGUCACCAAAGAGCUCUUUCCCACUGGAAAGCAGUUGGAACCUUUGGUUGCCCCAUUGGCUGAUGGGAAAGUGGCAGUUGGACAGGAUGACCUCACCGUGGUGCUCAACGAAGAGGGAACUUUUACUCAGAAGUGCGCCCUCAAGUGGACUGACAUCCCUAUAGCAAUGGAGCACCAACCUCCGUACAUCAUUGCGGUCCUGCCUCGCUGUGUGGAGAUCAGGACCUUCGAGCCCAGACUGUUGGUGCAGAGUGUGGAGCUACAGAGGCCACGCUUCAUCACAUCUGCAGGUCCAAACAUUGUGUACGUUGCCAGUAACCAUUUCGUGUGGCGCCUGGUUCCUGUGUCUAUAGCCUGUCAGAUUCGGCAGCUUCUUCAGGACAAACAGUUUGAGUUGGCUCUUCAGCUUGCGAAGAUGAAAGAUGAUUCAGAUGGAGAUAAGAAGCAGCAGAUUCAUCACAUCCAGAAUCUUUAUGCCUUUAACUUGUUUUGUCAGAAGAAGUUUGAUGACUCCAUGCAGGUGUUUGCCAAACUGGGCACAGACCCCACUCAUGUGAUCGGCCUGUACCCAGACCUGCUCCCCACGGACUACCGAAAACAGCUGCACUACCCCAACCCUCUGCCCACUCUGUCUGGGGCUGAACUGGAAAAGGCUCAUCUGGCUCUCAUUGAAUACCUCAUACAGAAACGCAGUCACUUGGUCAAACAGUUGAAUGAUGCUGAUCCCUUCACCACCUCUCCGUUAAUGGAAGGUACACCGACCAUCAGAAGUCGCAAAAAACUGCUCCAGAUCAUAGAUACCACUCUACUCAAGUGUUACCUCCAUACUAAUGUAGCGCUUGUGUCUCCAUUGUUGCGUUUGGAGAAUAACCACUGCCACAUCGAGGUGAGCGAGGACGUCCUGAAGAAGGCUCAUAACAGCGAACUCAUCAUCCUCUAUGAGAAGAAGGGGCUGCACCAGAAAGCUCUGCAGGUGCUGCUGGACCAGUCCACAAAAGCCAACUCUCCACUGAAGGGACAUGAGCGCACAGUGCAGUAUCUACAGAGACUGGGAGUGGAGAAUCUGGGCAUCAUCUUUGAGUUUUCUCCCUGGGUACUGAAGAUCUGUCCGGAAGAUGGCCUGAAGAUUUUCACUGAGGACCUGACAGAGGUGGAGUCUUUGCCUCGAGACAAAGUGCUCAACUUCCUGAAAGAGGGCUUUAAGGAGCUGGCCAUACCAUAUUUGGAGCACAUCAUCUCAGUUUGGGACGAGAAGGGCCCUGAGUUUCACAACGUCCUGAUCCAGCUCUAUCUGGAAAGAGUUCAGAAAGCUUACCUCAACUCUCAGCCUGAAGGGUUCCCGGCUGUGGCAGCAGGUAAAGAGCCUGGAACACUGGGAGAGUUCAGACACAAACUCCUGUCCUUUUUGGAAGAGUCCAGCAGCUACGAACCAGAGAGGCUCAUCAGCAACUUCCCCUUCGAUGGCCUGUUGGAGGAGCGGGCGCUGCUGUUGGGACGGAUGGGUAAACACGAACAAGCGCUUUUCAUCUAUGUGCACAUCCUGAAGGACACACGCAUGGCUGAGGAAUACUGUCGAAGGCACUAUGACAGCUCAGUUGAAGGAAAUAAAGAUGUGUACCUGUCCCUAUUGAGGAUGUACCUGUCUCCUCCUGAUGUGCACUGUUUGGGGCCCAUAAAGAUGGAGGUUUGUGAGCCUCAGGCCAAUCUGCAGGCCGCUCUACAGGUCCUGGAGCUUCACCACAGCAAGCUCAACACCACCAAGGCCAUUAACCUGCUCCCGGCCAACACCCAGAUCCGUGAGAUCCGAGUGUUUCUGGAGAGCGUGCUGGAGGAGAAGGCCCAGAGGAAGCGCUGUAACCAGGUCCUCAAGAGUCUACUCCAGGCUGAGUUCCUCCGGGUUCAAGAGGAGCGAAUUUAUCAUCAGCAGGUGAAGUGUGUCAUCACAGAGGAGAAGACCUGCCGCGUCUGCAAGAAGAAAAUCGGAAACAGUGCUUUUGCCCGGUAUCCCAAUGGAGUCGUAGUGCACUACUUCUGCUGCAAAGACCGAAACACCUGCCCCACGGACCUGUAGCUCUCCACCUCCUAUUGAGACUAACUGAGAAUAACUCCUGUACACCCCAAUGGGACAGGCUAAAACAGGCACAAGAACUAAACAUAUCCAAACCAUAUUGACUUGAACUAGCCUGGCUUCAAAGUGCACCAGAUCUGUGUGCCUGGAAAAGCAGAAGGAAUUUCUCAAGCGCAUUGGGCAAGAAAGAAGAAAAAGCAUUGGCAUUCGAAAGGCAUGUGUCAGUAAUAUGUUAAACAGGAUUCUCCAGACUUAAGGUGGGAGCUACAGACGAGACAGGACCUAAGGCCAAAUGGACAAAGCCUGGAGGUAACUUCAAAAACUCCUAAAGAGCAAAACUGUUUAUUUUUUGGUUUUCUAUUCUUCACUCCUCUGUUUACUGUGCCAUACAGUCUCCCGGACAAAUGCUGAAUGCCUUUCUGAACAAUCACAUGAAAAUAAAUUUUGACCCUACAUUAUAUUGUCUUUUUCCAUCUAAUUAUUUUAUGUUAAAGGUGUUAAGGUGCUUUUCUCUAUCGAGAUUGCUUUGUCUGGAACGUUUCACAGUAUGGCAUUAUGCCAUUCUAUUUUCAUAGAGACUAAACCAGACCAAUUUACAGGUGAGAUCUGUGGAGAGGCAACCCUGCUCAGUCAAAAUGCCUGUUUUUCUAGGUAUUAUUGAGCUAUAAAACCACCUGUAAUUGAAUAAUUGUAAGGAAGAGCUGUUUAAAAAAAGUUUUAAAAGCUGUGGAACAUUUCAGGCAGAGCAAUGAAAUCUCUGUACAUCCAGCCAAAAAGUUACAUAGUGCACCUUUAACUGAACACCUAUAUUUUAAGUAGAUCAGCUAGAUCAGGGGUCUCCAACCUGUAGCUCUCCACCUGCUUCCAAGUAGCUCGCCAAGGGAUUUCUGAAAACUAUAUAUUGUGGAUAAUAAGUAGAAUUUGAUUAAUUACCACUGUAAAUUUAUUAUUUUGAUGCAUAACUGUGUGUAUCAAUAAAUGGGCAAUGGCUUAUGUUAUAUAAGCAUCUCACUGGUCCUCAUCUAAGGCUUGCUAUGGCUCUUAUAUAUACUCUGUUUCUUUGUGACUGCUGAAAUUGCUAGCUCUCUGGCAUUUUUGUUUUGUACAUGUCGCUCACUGGAGAAAAAGGUUGGAAACCACUGAACUAGAUUAUUUGCUUUGGAUGGAAAAAGUGUUGUAAUGUAUUUAUUUUGGGUUACUGUUUAAUUUUUUGAGAGAAGACUGCAUGAAGUUGCUUCUUUUUUGUUUACUUUAUAUCAGUAGUUUGACAUGCGACUUAUGUAGGUAUCUUUAUUUUAACUUUAUUUUGUGUUCAGCAUACAGGAUUUAGUUUUGUGAAAUUUGGGAGUCCAUAGACAGAACAAAAGCUACACUAAUAUACUUGUGUUUGCUGGCAGUAUGGCACUAGAUAACUCUGCAACCUUUAACAUUUUAAUUCAUUCAUUGUUUCAGGUGAUUAAAAGAGAUAAUCCAAUACAUACAUCUAAAAUAUAACAAUGCAGUCUGUAAAAUGUACAAUACAAUACAAUAUAAAGUUUGGAUAGUCCUUACUUGCUUAAAGAGCCCAUAUUACACUAUAAUGUUGUCCUCAUCAAAAACAUACCUGGAGUUGUGUUUUGUUUCAUUUACACAUUUAAUGUGCAAACCCUCCACAAUAGGCUGAGUUCUUCUCUUAAACGGAAAACGCUCUGUUCCAUCUUAUGAUGUCAUGUGGUAAUACAAGAAGUGCUCCACUGUAUUUUUAUUCUUACAUCUUCACUAAAAUAAUUUGAAUAAUCAGCUGUAUAAUUGAAAUAAUACAUUUAAAAUAAUAACAAUGUCACAAAAAGUAAGUAGUAUAAGGUUGUUUAUAAAAUAUGUCUACAAUAUAAUGUUUGGAUAGCCCUUACCUGCUUAAUUAUUACAACAUAAACAGGAUUUGAAUUCAUUUUUUGGUGUGGGGAGUACAUACAAAUUGACUACAACUUCUAUCUAUGGAUUGCCUAUAACACAACCUAUGUUACAUUAACCUUAAGUUUUGUUUUCUCUGUAUUGCCUUCUCUUUUACAUAACAUAAUAUGAAGUCAAUGUUACAGCACUUUAAUGGUGGGAGAAUGCCUUUUUAUUUAUUGUUAAAUCAGAUACUUGAUAAUCUGUAUUAAUGUAAUGAAAUACUGGUUUACAAGUAGUGAAAGAAGCAGGACUUACUAAGAAAUUGUUGUGAAUAAUUCUUUACUAAUUUAAUACGGACACUGAAGAUUGUGAGAGUAGUGGGGGACGUUGAAAAGUAAUGGCCUUACAUGUGUUUUAUUUCAGAUUUCAAGUAGCAUUAACUGUCUUUCCUGCUUCAAAAACAACACUUUGCACUCACUGCUACGACUGUUUCAGAUAUUUUUACUAUUAAUACAAUGGUGAACUGUAACACGAGAGGUACUGGCUUUAAUCAUUAUUAAUAAAUACAUGUAAACUGUA